CCGGCUUAGGUAAUCGCAUCACUGCCCCAGCCGCGGGGCCACCACCACUCCAACUGUCUUGAACUACAAGGAUGCAAGAUGCCCAUGCAUUUGAUGCAUCUGAAUCGGAGUAGAUUAUUAAUCUUCGUCAGUAUUUCCAGCAUACUCGGUAGUGAAUGACUAGCAGCAUGGUCGCCGUCAUACACGCUACCAGUCAUGUACCUCUCCAGCGAUGAUCGGAACCCACGAGGUUCACUCGAAAGCCUAAUUCAACUCGUGCCAGGCAACCGUGCAAAGGCUAUUGAACAUGAAUGGCUAUUCCUCCCUUCAGCUCCAGCAGAUCACAAAGACGUAAACCAGCCCUGAAGACUGACGAAGAAAGGAGAAGCGCAACCAUGGCCCAGACAUACACCAUCUUCAGCCCAGAAGAGCUCCGAGCAUUCACUCAAGAACGCCAAAACGCCUCCAACGAACUCCACGUCCGAUUGAAAUUGCUCGAACCACUCGGCGACCCGGAUGUCCUCCGCGCCAGCCGAAUACCGCCGCAAGAAAACGACAGGCCCAUUCGAUACAAGCACGAAGUGCACGAGGAAUAUCUACCCCUCUCGCACGUCGGAUCAUUAUGGCGAAAUGCUUGGCCCUCCUUCAUCGACACCGUCCCGCUUGCAUCACUGACCUUCGAUGCUACGCGGCCGACAUUCAAGGAUGAAGAAGGGAAGGUGCAAGAAAUCGGGGUGAGAGGAGGUCGGCUCUGGAUCAGCAGUGACGAUUUCCAAGAGCUGGUGCUGCUACUUGCUACGGAGGCUAAGAUGAGGGCCAAAGGCGACAGGCAGUUCUCGGUGGAGGAACAGACUGUCAAAGACUGGGACAAUCGAGGUAGAAUGCGGCGAUAUCUGGAAGGUCUAUCCUCAUUUCGUCGUGACAAAGCAGCAGAUAGCAGGUAGCCUAUAGCUUAGGGUUGCCUGUGACUGAAACAAAGUUGCGGGCUCUCAAAGUUGCGGCUCUUCCGCCGUCAAGUCUCAAACCCU